UGGGAGGAAGCAUCCGGCGUGGGGCGGGCCCCGACUCCGACUCCUGGGGCACUCAGAGCUCCCCCAGCGGGUAGCCAAGGCACCGCCGCUCCACCCAGGCCAGUAGCGGCCGCCGGGCGCACCCCGGUCCAGCCUAACACGCACGCCUGAGUGAGCCCCGGGCUCCCCUCGGGCCCAUCGCAGCGUGGGGGUCAGUGGUUCUCUCGGGUCUCUGGACAGGUGAGCGCCCUGAUGAAGGCCACGGUCCUGAUGCGGCAGCCCGGGCGAGUGCAGGAGAUCGUGGGCGCCCUAUGCAAGGGCGGCGGAGACCGGUUACAGAUAUACUGGAUAAUAGCAAGAUCAUCAGUGAGGAGUGUCGGAAAGAGCUCACAGCGCUCCUUCACCACUAUUACCCAAUUGAGAUCGACCCACACCGGACCGUCAAGGAGAAGCUACCUCAUAUGGUGGAAUGGUGGACCAAAGCGCACAAUCUCCUAUGUCAGCAGAAGAUUCAGAAGUUUCAGAUAGCCCAGGUGGUUCGAGAGUCCAACGCAAUGCUCAGGGAAGGAUACAAGACCUUCUUCAACACACUCUACCGUAACAAUAUUCCCCUUUUCAUCUUUUCUGCGGGCAUUGGUGAUAUCCUGGAGGAAAUUAUCCGACAGAUGCAAGUGUUCCACCCCAACAUCCACAUCGUGUCUAACUACAUGGAUUUUAAUGAAGAUGGUUUUCUCCAGGGAUUUAAGGGCCAGCUCAUACACACAUACAACAAGAACAGUUCUGUGUGUGAGAACUCUGGCUACUUCCAGCAACUUGAGGGCAAAACCAAUGUCAUCCUGUUGGGAGACUCCAUCGGGGACCUCACCAUGGCUGAUGGGGUUCCUGGUGUUCAGAACAUUCUCAAGAUUGGCUUCCUGAAUGACAAGGUGGAGGAGCGGCGGGAGCGCUACAUGGACUCCUAUGACAUCGUGCUGGAGAAGGACGAGACGCUGGAUGUGGUCAACGGGCUGCUACAGCACAUCCUGCGCCAGGGGGACCAGUUGGAGAUGCAAGGCCCCUGAGGGCACAGGCUCCAGCCAGGCCUUCGGGCCAGGGGCUCCACGGAACACGGUUUGAGAACCGCCACAAAUCAUCCUGGGAGUCGGUCUGAGCAUAGCCUGAUGGUGUCUGUGUGGUUCAGGGCAGGGCUGAAAGGGUAUGUUCUAGCCUACACGGGUUUGUCUUUAUUCUGCUGCAGCCAUCAAACUUGAAAUUCUGUUGGGAUUGGUGGGGUUGAGGCAACCCUGAGCAUCCCCUCUUCAGGGCUCCCUUGGAGGAUGCGUGUGGGUGUAGAUUUUCCCUCGUGCCCUAGGUUUUCCUUUCCCCUCCUCUUAGGGGUCAUGGACAGUAAAGUGGAUGACCUGAAAAGGGGAAUUUAGAGCAGGGCCCUGAGGGAGGCUGUGCUGUGGUGAAAUAUGAGUGAUGUAUGCACUGUGGUCUUGCAUUAUUGGGCCGACUUCACAGUCUCUUUCCCUUCUUCCCUCCCUGUUGACUUGGAUGGUCAAGAACUAGCUGAUUCUCUCUAGGGCACUUUUUGAAGAAAAAAUAUAGAAGAGCCAGUUCAGGCGGGACACAGUGACUCACUCCUGUAAUCCCAGCCGUUGGGAGGCCAAGGCGGGUGGAUCAUGAGGUCAGAAGUUCGAGAGCCUGGCCAACAUAGUGAAACCCCAUCUCUACUAAAAAUACAAAAAAUCAGCUGGGCGUGGUGGCAGGCGCCUAUAAUCCCAGCUACUCUGGAGGCUGAGGCAGGAGAAUCACCUGAGCCUGGGAGGCAGAGGUUGCAGUGAGCCGAGAUCGUCGCACCAUUGCAUUCCAGCUUGGGCAACAGAGUGAGAAUAUGUCUCAAAAAAAAAAAAAAAAAAAAAAAAAGGCCAGGCACAGUGGUUCAUACCUGUAAUUGGGAGGUUGAGGCGGGCAGAUCACAAGGUCAGGAGUUCAAGACCAACCUGGCCAACAUGGUGAAAAAAAAAAAAAAAAGAGUCAGUUCAGCAUUUUCUUAACUUUAGAGGAAAUCACCCCUUCCUGCAGUUUGGCUAGCUGUUGGAAUGUUGUGUCAUUCUGCAGAUUUGAAGUGGAAGGUAAUGGAGAUGUUAACUGAAGUCCUACUGUGUGCCAGGUGCUACUCUGGGCACUUGGGUGCCUGCCAGUUGACCCUCAAAAUGACCCUGCCAGAUCGCUCAGACAGGAUGGGUAACUUGCCCAAACUCCGUAGCUAGGAGCUAGACCCAGGGUUCAAAUGUUUCUGACCAAAGUCCAUGCCAUUUGUUGCAUUUCUCUGCUUCAGGCCUAUUUCAUUAGGUUUUGGGAGGAGGGAGUGGUUACCAUCUGAGGCUGGGUCAGUAACUACUUUCAGACUGCAAUCAAGGAGCUUUCUUGGCUGGCACAGUGGCUCAUGCUGUAAUCCCAGCACUUUGGGAGGCUGAGGUGGACAGAUCAGUUGAGGUCAGGAAUUUGAGACCAGCCUGGCCAACACGGUGAGACUGUACAUGCCUGUAGUCCCAGCUACUGGGGCAGCUGAGGCAGGAGAAUCACUUGAACCCAGGAGGCAGAGAUCGCGGUGAGCUAAGACAGCACCAUUGCGCUCCAGCCUGGUAGACAGAUUGAGACCCUGUCUCAAAAAAAAAAAAAAACUUCAAUCAAGGAGCUUUCUGGAUGCUUUGAGGCCAGAGAAUGUCAGUCACUGGCCAUGUGGAACAGUCAGGUCUCUUAGGGGACUCUGGGCAAGAAGUGCUGACGGAGGCAGUUUGCUGUGAGUCCAGUCCUGUCAUUUUCUUUCCCAAGUCCCCACCUGUCCUCAGAAGGCCCGGGUCAUCCCAGGCAAGCAAGAGCAGAUGGCCUGGCUGGUGGCUGAAGUCUUCCUACAAGACACUGUGGAGAUCUGAACUCAGUUACCUUUCCCCUAGCAAGAAGGAGGAUGGGCAGGUGGUAACAGGUGGCGGCCAGGAGCAGGGAGAGAUGGGAACAUAGUAUUGGAAAUGAUCGACAGAAAAGGAUAAUCUGACCUGUGUGCUUUAAUUUAAUCCUUGAGCUUUGUCAGUUGAGUUUGAGGUCAGGGACCUUGUCUUUCCCAUUCGAUGGGGACAAUUAGGGGAUGAGGAUCAUCACUCCACACCCUGCAGCAGGCCUCUGUCCUCUACACAUUCACCCCCUCCACAGACCAGGGCUCCCUUCCCACAGCAAAGCCCCAGGUUAGGCCCAGGGCAGGCAGGAAACCUCCAGAGGGGGAGCCCCUGAUCUGUCUAGAGCUAAUGAGGCCGUGGAAACAGCCUGGCUUAUCUUCUUCCCCAAUGUGGGGAACUCUCCACAACCCCCACUUCCGCUGGCCCCUCAAGCUGUUCCAAAAGACAAUUAAGGCUAUUGGUUUAAUCUUUUAUUUGGAACAAAGGAAAAAGGGACUGACAUCUGUUUAGCCUUUUGAGUGUGCAGAGCUCUGCCCACCUCCCUCCCACCCCUCAGCCCCAAAUCCAA